CGCGGAGCGGUUCGGUUCGGUUCGGGGGCGCGAGCCGCCUGGGGGAGCUGGGCCGAGCUCUGCUGUUCGUCACAGCGGGUGGCCAGCUUGAGGUACAUUGAUCAAUAAGAGAAAUGAAGGUGUCUCAAGGCCGCCCAGAGUCCAAAUGAAUGUUUACCAUGUCUCUGGGAACUUUCCUUCUUCCUGCUCUCUGUUUCCUGGGGGCAGUGAUUCCAAGGGGACUGCAGUAUGUCACCUUUUCACACAACACCACAAAAUUCCUUCACCUGACUAUAGACUCUGAGUCUGGGACCCUUUAUCUGGGGGCCACCAACUUUCUUUUCCAAUUGACAUCAGACCUGAUGAUGGAGAGCGCAGUUCAAACUGGGCCAGUUUUGGACAGCAAAGAUUGUCUCCCCCCUGUCUCAAAGCUGGAAUGUCCCCAGGCACACAACACUGACAAUCACAACAAGCUGUUACUGGUGAACUCUGUGCAGGAGGAGCUCAUUGUGUGUGGCAGUGUGCACCAGGGGAUCUGUGAAAAAAGAAGCCUCAGAUCCAUUGACCACAUUCUCUUCCGACCAGAGAGCCCUGGAGACACUCAGUAUGUGGCUGCAAAUGACCCAAAUAUCACUACUGUGGGACUGGUAGGCCACUCAAAAGAUGACGUGCCCCUGCUGUUUGUGGGACGAGGGUAUACCAGCAGAGGGGUUGGAGGGGGUAUCCCUCCUAUCACCACCCGAAAUCUCAGGGCCCAUGCGGGGGACAUGCAAGGGGCAGACUCUCACUCCAUCUUCUCCUAUGAAGAAACGGCUAAGUUGGCUGUGGGUCGGCUCUCUGAGUAUAACCACCAUUUCAUCAAAUCCUUUACCCACCGCUCCAGCGUUUACUUCCUGUUUUAUCGCCGGGAUCUGAAGUCCCAGUCACGGGAGUACAAGACCUACAUCUCACGAAUCUGUCUGGAUGACUCUCACUAUUACUCCUAUGUGGAAUUACCACUGCUCUGUAGAAGCAAAGAGAAAACAUACAGCCUACUGCAGGCUGCUUAUGUCACCCAACCAGGCAGUGAUCUGAGAAGAGGGAGGUUCAGCACCCAAGGAGAAGUGCUGUUCACUGCCUUUUCUGCCUGGCAGGCUUCGUCUGGCAGACUGAGCGAGGAGUCUGCACUCUGUGUCUAUUCAAUGGAGGAAGUGGACCAACUUAUCACUCGGACCAGGGAUGUUUGUUAUACGAAGGAUGGGAAAUCAGAGAAGGGGAUAGAAGUGGCAUAUAUUGAAUACGAUGUCAGUUCCAACUGUGUCCAGCUGCCAGCGGACACUUUGGACGCGUACCCCUGCGGCUCGGACCACACCCCCAGUCCCAUGGCCAGUCGGGUGCCUCUUGAAACAGCGCCCAUCCUGGAGGAGCCGGAAGCCCGUCUGACUGCUGUGGCCGUGAAUGUGGAAGAUGGCCACACCAUUGCUUUUCUGGGGGACAGCAGAGGCCAACUGCACAAGGUGUACUUAGGAGCAAUGGGCGAUGCUAAUACAUAUGCUUCUCUAGUCAUCCACUUGAACAGCAUGGUGAGUGGAGACCUGCUCUUUGACCAGUCGCAGCAGCACCUGUACGUCAUGACCCAGCCAAUGGUGGUAAAGGUUCCCAUAUUAGAAUGUUCACAGUACUUGGAUUGUGAAUCGUGUUUGACACUGAAAGAUCCAUACUGUGGCUGGUGUGUUCUCCAGGGACGGUGCAGUCGUCGCUCUGAGUGUUCCAGAUCCAUAGUGAGUGAGCAGUGGCUCUGGAGUUUUAAUUCUACACAGCAAUGUUUAUCCAUUCAGUCACUAAGCCCAGCUAAUAUCAGCAGAGAAGAAAAGAGAAAUAUUUUCCUCACUAUCUUGGAUUUACCAUCGUUGCAUGAGGAAGAAGCCUAUUCAUGUUACUUUGAAGACUACGAGAGUCCAGCAGUUCUGACAGAGUCAGGCAUCGUGUGUCCCUCCCCAGAUCCCAGCCAAGCACCAGCUUUGAAAACAGGAACAGAGCACAUAACUAUAAAGCUAGUGGUGCGUUUCCAUAAUGUCUUCAUUGCUUCAGUGGAUUUCUCUUUCUAUGACUGUGCCGCAGUGGCCUUGCAGUGGAAGUCAGCACCGUGUCAGGGAUGUGUGAGCAGUCACUGGGGAUGUAACUGGUGUAUCCACCAACACCUCUGCACCCACAAAGCAACUUGUGAAGAGGGGACCAUUAUCUACAAUGAGAGGACACAAAUUCCAACCUCAAGUCCAUUUCUUUCUUCAGCUGCUUCCACCACCAUGACCUCCACCAACACGCUGACUGUAGCCACCAAACCCAUCACUCCCCCCGUCACUAUGGUGGUUACCCACACUCCCAUCACAGAGUCAGUCCCCACCACUCUGCCUGCAGUCUCUGCCAUGACUGCUCAUCCCACAGGGACCUUUAGCCACACACAUGCAUCAACUCCAACUACAGCCAUUCUCACCUUUCUCAAGAUCACCACUGAAUCUACGGUGCUACCCCUAACAGCCAAGCCCACUACUACCAGCCUUGCCAUAAAUCCUACUGUAGCAUCUGUCACUACUAGCUCAGCAGAGACUGCAGACCAUACAGCUCUGCCUACCUCUGAACUAGCCACAGCCCCAGAAGUGUGGUUCACUGAUCCACCCACCACUGCUGCCUUCAAUACUCUGCAGCCAGUUGUGGCAGCAUUAACCCCUCCCCCUGACAUCACAAAUUCCACGUGGCCUCCCACUACUACUUUACCAACCUCUGAGGCACCCACAUCUGCCAUCCCAUCUCCUUUCACCCCCAACCAAACUUCUAGUGCCCCCACCUCCUCUGCUGAUUUCCCAGGAGACCUAAAGACAGAACUGCCUCCCUCUGAGGUCCCAUCUUCAGUCCUUCCUGACUGGCUACUUGGGGAAGGCACAGAGCUCAAGGACAUAGAGGAUUGGAUGGAUUCACUGCAGACCGAGAAUGAUACGUCACCCUUCUCUGCUUCCACUCUUCUCUCAGGCGAUGGAGACUCUUCAGAGAGGGAUGCCCCUGAUUUCCCCAGAAUUCUGCACCCUGAUUUUGACUAUCAAUAUGAUGCCCCUGGAUUUUUGGAGUUGAAUGAGGAGUUUAGCUGGGGUCCUGGAGCCUGUCCCUGUGUGCAGGGCAUUCAGGGAUCCUCUCUGCUCCCAGUCAACGUGGAGCAGAAGAUAACCCUGCUGGGGAAAAACUUCCAUCUGUAUCAGGAUCAGCAAUGGGACUAUGAGUGUGUCCUGAUUGUGGAGGGGAGAACAGUGGUGAUGGAUGCUUAUGUUGAGGGGGAGGAAGCAAACCGAUCACUCUGCUACAUCACAUGUCAGCUACACCAGUAUAGUUACUUGGCACCUCAACUUGAAUUCAAUGCUGUGGUGUUUGUGCAGAGGAAGCAACACCUCCGAGUGGACAGCGCUGUGGAUCUCUAUGUAACUCUCUAUAACUGCUCCAUGGGACACUCUGAUUGCAGCCGCUGCCAAACGGCUGACUCCAAGUAUAACUGUGUGUGGUGUGGAGGGGAGCGGCCCAGCUGCAUCUUCCGAGGAUCCUGCACAGAAGAGAUAGCGGACAUAUGUCCUGCACCACUCAUUUAUUCAGUUUAUCCCCUGUCUGGACCAGUUGAAGGUGGCACUAGACUCACUAUUGCUGGCUCAAACCUCGGCCAGAAACAUCAGGAUAUUGCAGAAACUGUUACAGUUGCAGGAAUUCCUUGUGCUGUAGAUGCUCAAGAAUAUGAAAUCUCCAGCAGUAUUGUGUGCAUCACCGGUGGAAGCUGGGCUGAGAGAUCUGGGCACAUUGCAGUGGAAGUACCUGGAGGAGGACAUGGAGUUUCUGGGCACAUAUUUGCCUAUCAGAACCCAGACCUGAAGUCCGUUGCUCCAUCUCAAGGCCCUAAAGCUGGAGGAACCUGCCUUACCCUGCUAGGCUCCAAGCUGCUGACUGGGCGCCCCAGUGAGAUCAGCGUUCUAAUUGGAGACCUCCCUUGCCACAUUCUCUCUGAGAUGCAGGAGAAUCAGCUACAGUGUCAGACGAGCCCCAGUAACAUGUCUGUGGAGCUUCCAGUAACUAUCAAAUAUGGACACACGGAACGGAGAUUAGAAGGUUUCCUCUUCAAAUACACUCUGGAUCCCAAUAUCACUUUUGCAGAGCCAGCCAAGAGCUUCCUCAGCGGUGGGAGAGUGAUCCGAGUUCAUGGACAUAACCUAGAUGUUGUACAAAAUCCAAAGAUCCGGAUUACGAUUUCACCAUCAGAACGCCGCCGGAGAGGGCUGGGGAGAUGGCGUAGGAUCAUGCCAGAAACCGAGUGCUCACAGAAUGCCCUGUGCAGCAUCCAGCAGUUUGAAGAACUGUGUCUCAUUAACUCCUCCUACCUUGUCCUGUGUAAAACUCCGGCCAUUAACCUGCUGUUGCGGAUUGUCCAGGUCAAACUGGAAUUUAUUCUGGAUAAUCUAAGCUUCGAUUUCAAGUCCUUGCAUCCCACACCCUUCUCCUAUGAAGUUAAUCCAAUCCUGAAACCUCUGAAUGCUGAGGACCCUGCCAAACCAUAUCGGCACAAGCCAGGAAGUGUCAUCUCUGUGGAGGGGGAAAAUCUAGACUUGGCUAUUUCCAAGGAGGAAGUGGUGGCCAUGAUUGGGGAAGGGGUCUGUGUUGUAAAAACCCUGACAAGGAAUCAUCUGUACUGUGAACCUCCAUCCGAGCAGCCAGCUCCACGACAUCGCACAAAGCUGGAGGGAACGGACUCACUCCCAGAGUUUACAGUGCAGAUGGGGAAUUUGAACUUCCUGCUGGGCAGAGUGCAAUAUGACACAGAGAGCCAGCUCACCUUCCCCCUGGAGGCCCAGAUUGGCUUGGGUGUCGGAGCCUCCUUUGUUGCUUUGAUUGUCCUGAUCAUUGUCUUCAUCUACAGGAGGAAGAGCAAACAGGCUCUGAGGGAUUACAAGAAAGUUCAAAUCCAGUUGGAAAAUCUGGAAACAAGUGUUCGGGACAGAUGCAAAAAAGAGUUCACAGACCUGAUGACGGAGAUGAUGGAUCUCACCAGUGACCUCGUUGGUACCGGAAUCCCCUUCCUGGAUUACAGAUCCUACGCAGAACGUAUUUUCUUUCCAGGACACCGUGAGUCACCACUGCAGAGGGGCCUGGACGUGCCCGAGUGUCGGCGGCAAACAGUGGAGCAGGGCUUGGUGCAGCUCUCCAACCUCCUCAACAGUAAACUCUUCCUUACCAAGUUUAUCCACACUCUAGAAAUCCAGCGCACAUUCUCUCCAAGGGACCGGGCCUAUGUGGCAUCCCUUCUCACUGUCUCAUUGCAUGGAAAGCUAGAGUACUUUACUGACAUCCUAAAGACUCUUUUGAAUGACCUCGUUGAGCAGUAUGUGGCCAAGAACCCAAAGCUGAUGUUGCGGAGGACAGAAACAGUAGUAGAGAAGCUGCUCACCAACUGGAUGUCCAUCUGUCUGUAUGCUUUUGUAAGGGACUCUGUCGGGGAGCCGCUCUAUAUGCUCUUCCGGGGAAUCAAGCACCAAGUAGAUAAGGGACCAGUGGACUGGGUGACAGGGAAAGCCAAAUACACCCUGAAUGAUAACCGCCUUCUGCGAGAGGAUUUGGAGUACCGGACUCUGACUUUAAAUGCUCUGACUCAAACUGAAGCUACUGUGGGAGAGGCAGAGGAUUCUCAGGGUGUCUCUGUGAAGGUGCUAGACUGUGACACUAUAACACAGGUGAAGGAGAAAAUCCUAGAUCAGAUCUAUAAAGCAACGCCAUAUUGUCACCGCCCAGACCCAGACUCCCUGGACCUUGAGUGGAGAUCAGGUCUUGCUGGUCAUCUGAUCCUUUCCGAUGAGGAUGUGACCUCUGUCAUUCAGGGAACCUGGAAGCGCCUGAACACUCUUCAGCACUACAAGGUGCCUGAUGGAGCAACUGUAGCUCUGGUCCCACGUCUGACCAAACAUAUCCCCAGGGAGAAUCAGGAUUACAUCCCUGGAGAGAAAACGCCGAUGCUGGAGGAUGCAGAUGAGGGUGGAAUAAAACUUUGGCACCUAGUAAAACCAACUGAAGAGCCAGAGCUCCCCAAACACAGGCGAGGAAGCUUACGGGAUCGGGAGCGAGCCAAGGCCAUUCCUGAAAUUUAUUUGACACGUCUCCUCUCUAUGAAGGGGACCCUGCAGAAGUUUGUGGAUGACUUGUUCCAGGUAAUCCUCAGCACCAGCCGCCCUGUCCCUCUGGCUGUCAAAUAUUUCUUUGACCUGUUAGAUGACCAAGCAAUGCAUCAUGGAAUCCUGGAUCCUGAGACCAUUCAUAUCUGGAAGACAAAUAGCCUGCCCCUCAGGUUCUGGAUCAACAUAAUCAAAAAUCCACAGUUUGUGUUUGAUGUGCAGACAUCGGACAAUGUAGAUGCUGUGCUCCUGGUCAUUGCCCAGACCUUCAUGGAUUCCUGUACUAUUGCUGACCACAAGCUGGGGCGGGACUCGCCAAUCAACAAGCUGCUCUAUGCCCGGGACAUUCCUCGCUACAAGCAGAUGGUAGAAAGGUACUAUGCGGACAUUCGCCAGACCAUCUCCGCCAGUGACCAAGAAAUGAACUCUGCCCUGGCUGAGCUGUCAAGGAAUUACUCAGGUGAACUCAAUUCCGUGGUGGCUCUGCAUGAACUCUACAAAUACAUCAACAAGUACUAUGACCAGAUCAUCACAGCCUUGGAAGAAGACCCGACAGCCCAGAAGAUGCAGCUGGGAUACCGACUGCAGCAGAUCGCAGCUGCUGUGGAGAACAAAGUUACUGAUUUGUGACCCAGACAAACAGACUGUGAUGCUCUUGGGUAGCUGAACAGAGGUGGAUAGUGCUGCUCAUUGGAACUUCAUAACUACACACAAGGUGUCCCACUGCCUUUGGAACCAGACACUCUGGGGAGCUGGCAUGUGACACAGGAGGAGGUGGCCAAGAAAAUGCAAAGUACAAAUGUCCUUACAUCUCAGAGAAUAUUUUUUUACAGAUUUUUUUUUCCUUUUUAAGAAUGUACUUUAAACUCUGGGAGUUUCUACAAACCACAGUGUGAGAGAGAGAGACCAGGCACCUUCUUCCCACACGUUGUGAAUGUGCCAAGUUUCCAAACAAUAUUGCCAAGGAGCUGGAUAACACAAGAGCUUCAGAACAAAGCUAAAGACCAUACAUGGCUUCAUGUGAGCCUCUAGCCUCAUUUUGGUACUAGCACCAGGGAUGGGAGAGACUAGUGCUGUGCCUGCUACCCUGAACAUUGUAUAACCACCACUACUAUGAUGGCAAUAGCCCAGGCUACUGCAGUCAUGGUAGUGCUGGACAGUGAGUGUGUGAGCUUCCUGAGCCCUCAUGGAACUAGCUGGGGCAUUAGGACUGAUGUAGCCUGUUAGAGAGUUUACCACACCUGGGCCAAUCCCUAGGGACCAGAGUGUACUCCUCCAGCAUACAGCCCUAGAAACAACCCCCUGCAGUGUAGCCCACCAGUUCCAUGCCUGAACUGAGGAGCAUCUCCCACAGCAUGGCCAUCAGCGCACUGGAGGGGUUGCGCCUGGCACCCUGAAAUACUGAAUGUAGGGAUGAGAAAUAGACUGGAGGGGAGAUGAGAAAAGUCACUUGGUCCCAGGAUUCUAGUCUUCCUCACUGCUUGUCUGCGACUCAUGCUAAUGAGACUAACGUGCUCACCAGUUCCAAAUGUUGACCCAGUAGGCUCAACCUAGUCCUAGUGUAAGCAGGCACCAUGCUACUGACAUCUAUGGAGCCAUACUCCCUUUCCCCUGGACUGAAUUUAGCAUGGCUUGGGGAGAGGGCAAGGUGAACUUACUGAAGUGCCUCUAACCUAGAUGUAUGUCUGGCCCUCUGGUUCUCUGUGGUCAGAUGCUGUCCUGCCACUUGGAAAGCACAGUGAAGGCCUUGUACCUAUUUCCUUUCUCUGGCUUGUAGCCAUUUUGGUACUCUGAACUUGAUCUGUAAAUACCCUCAAAAUUACAAAGUAUUCACAUGCUCAAGGGGAAUGUUAAUUUUGUUUUUCUGAGACAAUUCUUCACUUGGAUGAGCAUCUCCUUGAACAUUGUCAUCAUCACAAACUCCCUGGGCUAAGCACUGCCCGUGUCAAACUGCUUCUGCCUAGUCUCUGCCCCACUGGGCGGAUCGGGGGCUUCUGACUUUUUCAGAAACAUCUGGAGUUUCACAAUAACAAUUGGCUUUUCCCCAAGUUUCCCACUAAGCUGAAAUGGUUCAAGGCUCAAUCUCACAGCCAGAUAUACCUUCCUCACCUUUAUCUCGGCCUAUAAUGAAACUCCAAAUACUCCCCUGAAGCUGAAUGUCUUCUCAAAUUCUCCUGUGUGGCUCCAAUUUAGUGACCUCCUGCCCACUUAAAAUCUUAGUGGAAAUCCUGAACUGUCGCCACAGCCCCCAAAAGAGCAGAGCAAAGGAACCAAGCGCCCAGGCACCCCAAUGGAUGAGCACCAGGAGAGGGGACCAAACAGCGACCAUGCUCUAUAAAUUGACCAGCCCCUCUGGCAGGGGUCCCUCUUUCCAAAUUGAAUGGAACCAAACUCAGGCUGUGCCCUAGACCCUCCCAACCUUGUCCUGAGUUUGGUUCCAUCCUCUCAGAGAGGACUAAAGGAGUUCCCCUCCCUCCGCACCUAAGCAGGACUUGAGGUAAUGCUUGCUUCCUUGCUGCUCAGAGGGGAGAGAUUUCUCUCUUUCAUUCCCCCAGCCAUGUCUCCCGAACUGAGCACGUGGGGGAGUGUCUUUGGUUUCCUCUUACCCACUUGUCCCCGUCUGUGGAGCCAGGAAUAGCUCCCGUGCUGAAUGACACCAGCCCUGCGUAGCUCAAACAGACCAUGUACAGAGCACAACUUCGACUGCCAAUCCACUCCUUUUGCCUGGAACUGCUGAUCACAUGGAGACGGCUAGACUCCAGUAGAGAAAUAUGGUGUCUCGGUUGUUGUUUGUGUUACCUGGAGGCACCAGCCAGAUGAGAGCCUUGUUGGGCUGAGCCAUGUGCAGUCACACAAUAAAAAACAGCCCCGGCCCCAGAGAAUUUACAAGCCUAGGUUCAGGCAAAACUUAAUAGGCAGGUGAAACAAACGUGGGAGGGAGGAUGGAUGGGUAAGAGUGAUGAUCCCAUCUGUGCAGUGCCAAGCAAACCUCCCAGAGUUGGGGAGCAUGAGAUUCAAAACUCUUUUGGCAUCUGUCUAUAACUUUUCCAACCAGACACCAAGAGCUGGCAUACUUUCCUCCGCUGUUUGUGGCCCAGCAGUGCCUUUGCCUCUCCCACAUUUUGGAAAAUCUUUUCUCUGCGCUCUCACAAAGUCCUGCCAGUCAAUUUGAGAGGAGAGGAAUUCUCUUGUUUAUCCAGGAUUUACAUUAACCUGAAGUCAUGUGCUGGUCUCUGUGACCAACCUCUGCCCGCCAACUGUUGGCUCCUAGUUGAUCCAUCAGCUUCUCCCCUUGAAUUUGCCUGCCAGAGCAUGAUGGCAACACAGGUCAAGGAGCGUACGCCUUUGUCUGUGUACCUUGGCCAGGACUAAGGUGGGUGUCGGUACCAUUCAGUACCUCUCCGUGGAGAUAACAGAUUUCUUGUUUCUCCAGGGGCGUGCAUGUGAUUUACCCAUAUAACAAUAAUAUUAACAAAAAGAAGAGUCAUUUAAAAACACUGCAAAAAUGGUGUCAAAAGAAAAUAAACUGCUUAACAUCUCCAGAUUGACCCAUCUCAGCUUAGUCACAGUGAAAACAGAAAAGUUGAUAGCAUACAUUUCUUCUCCAAUCUGUCACCAUCACACUGUCAGAUACCAACUCCCUCUUACUGUAUCCUGGAUCCACUUUUUAACGUCCCUGUGACUUGGUCAGUUUGCAGGUUCAGACAUGCCCCUUCUGAUCUCUCCAUUCAUGCCUCUCCCACAUGGUAGAGUCCAUUACCUCAACAGGGUGAGGUUUCAUUAAUGCUUAUACAAAAGUCUUUAAUAAGAAUUCCUGUUUGGGGGAGGAGGGGGGGUAGAUUCCUAAUUAUCUCUGGGAGGUUCCAUCUAGCCUUCCUAUCUCCAUGGUUGCUGUGUCAAAAGCCCCAGGGAUUUGUAUUUCCUUAGAUCGCCUUUGGACAUGUACCAUGUUCCUACAGGACAUAGCUUCUAAAGGAGCUGGUCAUGCCCUCCUGCUGCAUACUCCUAGUCUCUGUCUCUGCGGGACACAGAGAUAGCUCUUUACAUUUGUUUUAUUAAUUUCUUGCCAUGAAACAUAACUUUUUGACAGACCUUAGAGCCUCUCUCUCAGAUAUGAAGUGAUUUUUGCCUGGGGGAGGAGGAGGAGAAGUUAGCUUUCAGCUGUCAGAAUAGGGGAGGGGAAACUGAAAUGGUAAUCAGUGUUGAGAUAUAAAUGGUCAUCAAUAGAUUUCAGUUAACCCCCCCGCCCUUUGUGAUGAAUAGGGGUUCCUGGCACCUUACAUGAUGAGACCCUACAGUUUGUCUCUCCAGCUUCAGAUUCAAGCCGGCCACAGGUUUGGGGGUCACAUUCAGAAGUUUUUCUUUACAACCAUAAGCGCUUAAAAAUGUAGAAUGAAAGCCUAAAUUCUGCAGAAACUGAUGGGAUCUGGUUCAGUGAAGCACCAUGUGCUGCCUCAAUCUGAUCCCUGGUUCCCGUUAGAUGUCACUUUUUGGUGCCUUUCUCCCUGGGCUGAUUUCUCUGGGUUUUCAGGACACCAGGUGCAUUUGCUUGGUUUUUUCUGCCUCUUUGGCGGUGGGAGGGCUGUACAUACACGUCCUCUCUUGACUGACAAUUUUGUAUUUUCUAGUUGUGGCCUGGCCAGCCCCACGUCGACAUCCUACCCCUUCUUUUUCAGUUCUUGGAGCUCCCAGCAUGCUCUCUUUCUCAACAAAUUGGAAUUAAUAAUUAAUAUAAAAAGCUUGAAAAUAUGAAUGUUGUUACAUAGUGUAAUAACUGUAGAUACUAUUGUGAGAUGUAGGAAUCUAUUGGUGAUACAAGAGGUUAUGUCUGUAAAUAAUCAGUUUAGAACCCAAAUGAUUUUAAUAAAGAGAGAAUUCUUACAUGAGUGAUUCAAUAAACAUUAAUAUACAACAUGGAA